AUGCAUCGUCGCUGGUUAUCCCUGCCCUUGCUAUCUACCUGUGUUUCUGCAUUCUAUCCCUACCAUACUGGCGAUGGAGGAAGUGAGAAGAGCAAGAGGUUCAUCCCUUUGGGUACUGAGCGUCCGCACGACGACGACUCGGCGGUGGUGACCAUUGAAAUCAAGAGAGCAGUGGUAAAAAGGAACAAUGUGUUCCCGGUCGUCAACUCCUCAGCUCCCAACGUCCCAAACGCCAUGGCAAUCAACGAAGACGGCGACGACUAUACCUACUUCUCCACUGUGAAAUUCGGGUCCACGAGCCAAGAGAUGUACAUGUUGAUCGACAGUGGUUCAGCUAAUACCUGGGUCAUGGGCACAAAUUGCAAAUCGAAUGCCUGCCAGAUACACAAUACAUAUGGCAGUGAGGAUUCGACCACGCUCCAGACAACCACUCAAACUUGGAGUAUGACUUAUGGCACUGGAGAGGUUGAGGGCGUGGUGGUCAAAGACACGGUGCAGUUGGCAAACUACACGGUUGAGCUGGGGUUUGGCCUCGCCUCUUCGGCAUCUGAUGACUUCGACAACUAUCCCAUGGACGGCAUCUUGGGACUUGGACGGCCCGCCUCGGAUGCGUUGGGGUCGCCGACUAUCAUGCAGGUGUUGAACAACAAUGGCCAAUUGGCGGCAAAUGUUCUGGGCAUCCACCUACAACGAAGCUCGGACGGGACGAAUGACGGACAGAUCACGUUUGGCGGGAUCGACUCGUCCAAAUUCAGCGGCAAAUUGUCAUAUUCCAAAACGAUCAAUACCAACAGCUGGCAAAUUGCCGCCGGUGACGCGGGCGUGGAUGGCAAGUCGGUGGGCUUCCAGUCCAAAACCGCCAUGAUCGACACGGGGACAUCAUACAUCCUGCUACCUCCCUCUGACGCCGAUGCUCUGCACCAGCUUAUUCCUGGCAGUUCGGCCGACGGAGAGACCUACACGAUCCCUUGUUCCUCUUCGGCUGAUGUCUUUUUCACGCUCUCUGGCGUGAAGUACUCGGUGUCUCCCAAGGACUAUGUCGGCAAGCCAGCAAGCGGCAGCAGCAGUGGAAGCUGCCAGAGUAACAUAAUCGGCCACCAGGCGUUUGGGCCGAACGACUGGAUCCUGGGGGAUGUGUUUCUCAAAAACGUCUACACGGUCUUGGACUUUGACAAUGCGAGGAUCGGGUUUGGCACGAAAUCAGGAGCUGUUUCUGCCGGCGGUGACGAUAACACUGCAACCACCUCUUCCGUGUCGUCGGCGGCGGCGGCGGCAACAAGCAGCGCUCACUUGUCAAGUCCGUCUGCGUCGACCGUGUCACCCGCACCGACCUCCAGCGGCGCCGCCACGGCUUCAAAGCCCCAAACCACCAUGUCGACAUCAAUAACGUCAAAACCAAACAACCCCACUUCCACAGCCAGUGCUGGUGCGCCAGCCACGUCGUCCACAGGAGCCGGCGACAGCAGCCCCUUUGGAGAAUCGAGCGGCUCGGGUUCGUCUUCCUCUUCUUCGUCUUCAUCAUCCUCCGCCGUGAGAGACACGCGGUCCAACCUCCUUUUAGUAUCGCUGAUGGCAUUUGCAUUCAUGGCGGGAUUCAUUUUAUAA